AGGGUUGCUCGAAGAACACAUGUUGUACGAAGAAUGAACAUUUCUCAGCUGCGUUCGGGUUACAGCCUUCCAAAAUAACAGGAUAAACAAAAAAUUGGAAAUGGCAGAAACCGGCAGACGUGUAUCGGAAGAUGGCGAACAUGCUACUGGUCCCACGGAGAAACAAGAACGUGGUGGAAGUUUAGAUCUCAUCGGUGAUCCCGUUAUUGAAUCGAAUCUCGCCCUUCGGAAGCUCUCUGAAGCUUUUGCUCAACGUAUCGAAGGUAAAGCUUUCGUAAGGCAAGGAGCCUUGCGGCAGAAGAAUAUCCACGAAAUCAAAUCUCACAAAUUUAUAGCUCGAUUUUUUAAGCAGCCGACAUUCUGCUCCCAUUGCAAAGAUUUCUUAUGGGGCCUAAAUAAACAAGGGUUCCAGUGUCAAAUCUGCACAUUGGUUGUCCACAAACGAUGCCAUGAAUUUGUGAAUUUUGCCUGCCCAGGCGCUGACAAGGGUGUAGAUACGGAUGACCCGCGCCAACAGCACAAGUGGAAAGUGCAAACAUAUUCUUCGCCUACCUUCUGCGAUCACUGCGGGUCUUUACUUUACGGAAUUAUUCAUCAGGGAAUGAAAUGCAAUAUUUGUGGUACAAAUGCACAUCAUCGUUGUGUACGUUACGUGCCAAACAUGUGUGGAACGGACCACACUGAAAAACGGGGUCGAAUACUACUUGAUGUCAGCGUAGAAAGAGAAAUUCUCAAGAUUCAUGUGAAAGAGGCUCGUAAUCUAAUCCCAAUGGAUCCCAAUGGUUUAUCCGACCCUUAUGUGAAGCUCAAAUUAAUUCCUGAAGAUGGUGGUUGUAAAUCGAAGCAAAAAACAAAGACGCUACGGGCUACGCUGAACCCGCAAUGGAAUGAGAAAUUCACCUAUAAGCUUCAACCUGGAGACAAGGACAGGCGGUUAUCUGUCGAAGUAUGGGAUUGGGAUAGAACGUCGAGGAAUGACUUUAUGGGAAGCUUAUCGUUCGGAAUUUCUGAACUUCUUCUCGAACCAGCAUCUGGCUGGUUCAAACUGCUCAAUGCGGAAGAAGGCGAAUACUACAACAUAAACAUCCCACCAGAGUACGAGGAAGAAAUGGAGAAAAUACGUCGAAAAAUGGAGGUGCACGGCACUCUGAGUAGACCAAGUUCGGAUAUUUCGCGGCUGAGUGCUUCAGCACAAAGCCAACUCGUCAAGGAAUCAGACUUCACCUUCUUGAAAGUCCUAGGCAAGGGAUCAUUUGGGAAGGUUUUGCUUGGCGAACACAAAGAGACCAAGGAGCUUUUUGCUAUCAAGGUGCUGAAGAAGGACGUUAUCAUACAAGACGAUGACAUUGAAUGUACAAUGACUGAAAAACGGGUACUGGCAUUACCUGAGAAACCACCAUUUCUCGUGUCACUUCACAGUUGCUUCCAAACAAUGGAUCGUCUAUACUUUGUGAUGGAAUUUGUAAAUGGCGGUGACUUAAUGUAUCAAAUACAACAAAUAGGCAAGUUUAAGGAACCUGUGGCUGUGUUCUAUGCAGCUGAAAUUGCUGUGGGCUUGUUUUUCUUACAUUCCAAAGGUGUAAUCUACAGAGAUCUCAAACUAGAUAAUGUUAUGUUGGAAAAGGACGGCCAUAUCAAGAUUACGGAUUUCGGAAUGUGUAAAGAAAAUAUAGUUGGAAAUGCGACAACAAAAACUUUUUGUGGUACACCUGACUAUAUUGCGCCAGAGAUAAUUCUCUACCAACCUUAUGGAAAAUCAGUUGAUUGGUGGGCUUAUGGAGUGUUGCUAUUCGAAAUGCUAGCUGGGCAACCACCCUUUGACGGCGAGGACGAAGACGAGCUUUUUACGGCCAUUACCGAGCACAACGUCUCUUAUCCAAAAAGUAUGUCGAAAGAAGCAGUUUCCAUAUGCAAAGCCCUCCUAGUCAAAAAUCCUCAAAAACGACUCGGCUGCUCAACUAAUGACGCUGCUUCAGAAGCAGAUAUCAAGGAGCAUCCAUUCUUCCGACGAAUUGACUGGUACAAGAUUUCAACACGUCAAGUGCAGCCUCCAUUCAAGCCGAAAAUCAAGUCUCCCGACGAUGUAUCUAACUUCGAUUCGGAGUUCACACAUGAAGUUCCAAAGCUCACUCCUAUCGAUCGGCUCUUCCUCAUGAACCUCGACCAGACCGAGUUCGACGGAUUCUCCUACGUAAAUCCCGAAUAUGUGCAAGAUAUUUGAGUUCCACUCAGGCGCUUUCAUUUACAAAAAUCUUCACUCUAAGGCAUGUUCUUCUAGACGAGAGAAAUUCUAGAAAUGUAAGGAACGCCAUGCCAGAUAGCUUUAACUUUCCUAACUCAGAUAAUAUCAUUGCAUGAAUUGAUUCAUUUUACGUUUCAUAGAAGUGCUGGCAAAUCGCCCAUGGUACAAUAUUUGGAUCAAAAUGCGCAGUGUUUAGACUCUUGUCGCGCUCGUGUGCGCAACCGCACGCAUACAGAUCGCUGUCGCAUGCACACGCAACGCGGUUAUUCAAAUUUGGCGCCCUCUGACCCCUAUCAUACCGGGAUCCGACCCGGCCGCACUUUUCACCAAAAAGCUUGAAUAAACAUGCCACUCGUUUUUCGAUUUUUAUGAGUUUUGCGAUUUCGUAGAUGAAUUUCCUGUUGUCCAAAGCAUGACAUUCCGUGAUGGAUUGGUGUCAUUUGUUGCCACAUUCAUUUUGCUAUAAAUCGAAUAUGUGUAAAUGAUUCGUAUAGGUGUUCUUCAUUCUGUUUCUUGCCCCGAGAAGAUUGUACAUAGAAAAUUAUGAGAGUUGCUGAUGGGUACAAGUAUAAUGGACUCAACUCUAGACGAGCCAUCAUUUGGCUUCCACACUCAUUACCACUUCCGUAGAUAUCCCAUACAUUUCUUGAAAUUAUUUUCAUCAUAACCUUGUUCAGCAUAAAUGUUUCACUC